GAAAAGUAAAAAGAAAACAAUGAACACAGCACUUCCUCCUUUGUUUAGUCCUCUUGUACUCUUCAAGAAAACGAAUAUUUCAAUGUAAAGAAUUUCCCUCAAGUCACUUAAUUAUAAUUUCCCAAUAAUCAGAAAAUGAAUUAUAUCAAAUUAUCAGUAGCAAGCAAGUCUAGCACCUUUUUGCAUAAAGGGCCAGAAAAAAGUGGGAUUUGUUUGCCUAUGUAAAUAGAUGACGAGCUCAAGCCAUUUUCAACUGUAGCUCCAUAGUCUUUCAUCGUCCUCAUCCAGUCUCCGGCGAUAGCAAAAUAGAAAGCGAAAAAAAAUGAAGGGCCUCGUUUUUUUCUCUCUACUCGCGUCGAUUUUUGUUCUGGGUUUCCUCCAAGAAUCGGUACAUGGGCGGCCGUCGUUGAUGUCGCUGCCCAAGCCCCGCCGUGAUGACUCCGCCGCCUUUGCUCGGUGGUUGGUCUCUCAGAACUCGUGGGGUGUCCUCAGCACAGUAUCCAGUGACUGGGGAGGUGCACCAUUCGGGAAUGUGGUAUCGUUUAGUGAUGGCUUACCGGACAAGGGAAAAGGCAUCCCGUAUUUCUAUCUGACAACACUCGAUCCAACGGCUAGCAAUGCUUUGAAAGACCAGAGAUCUUCAUUGUCGCUAAGCGAGUAUAACAUAGGAACUUGUGGCAACAAAGAUCCCGAGCUCCCCACUUGUGCGAAAAUUACACUUGUGGGAAAGUUAAAAUUAAUCGAGGGAACAAAAGAAGCUGAGAUCGCUCGAGCUGCAUUGUUCGCAAAGCAUGCUGAUAUGAAAAGGUGGCCUAAAAGUCACAAUUUCCAGGUGUACAAACUCGAUAUCGAGAAUAUAUUUAUGAUCAAUUGGUUUGGCGGCCCAAAACCUAUCACUGUAGAACAGUAUCUUCAGGCCAAACUGAAUAAACCUGCACUCACCGUGGCCUAAACGAAAUUCCCAUUGUUGAUUUGUUGUCUGAUUAAUUGAGGAACCAGAAAUUUCUGCUUUACGAGUGAACCUGUCGAUAUCUUGGUAAAUACCAACAUGCUCUGGCUGAUGGAUUGUAAAAGAAAAAAUGUCAAAUUACUGAAUUAUAAAAUAAAAAAUUGUUGUGUUUGCAUUUUUUCCGUAAAUGCUCGUAUGUCUGUAUCGUUGUAAUGUGACGAGCUUUUUCAUGUGAAUCAAAAUUGGAGCUUUACUGAUUCAACUGGAAGUGCAUUGAAGAUGUAUGUAAUGACUUCAAAACACUAGUAAAUUUCCAAUUUCCAUAGUUCAUGAUAUGUCUGGAUAACACAGCUUAAACAUGUAUGGAAAGGGAUCAUGUUAUGUAACAGUAAGUGUAGGAAAUGUGAAGAAAGUCUUUAACA